GCCAUGUCUUGUUUGUAGUGCAUCAGCAUCAGGUAUUCAUUUUGGUGCCGUCACUUGUGAGGCUUGCAAAGGUUUUUAUCGUCGUUCAAUAAAAGAAAAUGCUGCUGAGCGAUAUCUUUGUGUAGAAAAUAAUAAUUGUGAAAUAUUAGCACCAUCAAAACUUAGUUGUCGAGCAUGUAGAUUUAAAAAAUGUAUUCAUUUUGGAAUGUCGAUGAAAGCAUCACGUAUUGGUCGACAAUCAAAUUUGUUCAAAGAAAGUAUUCGACAAAUACAAAAUGGUACAACAUCAAUGGUAACAAUAAGAGAUUCAGCUCGUAUUGCAUCGAUGGCUAAACGACGAAAGAUAAAAACUAAAAGUGGACGAACAAUUACUACAAAUAAUGAAAUUGAUAUUGAACUUUCUUUAACUACAAAAGAAUUUAUUAAAAAAGUGCAUAAUGCAUAUAUUAUGCAUUUAAAGGAUUUACCUCGAUGUAUUCCUCGUGAAACAAUCUGGUGGACCAUGGCAUCACAAAUGACAAUAUAUGCUGAGGCAGUAAUAAAUUUCUGUCAAAAAACAAUUCCUGGUUUUGAUAAUAUGUAUGAAAGAUAUGAAAUAAUAUCAUCCAGUAUCAAUUCUGUAAUCAUGAUAACAUUAUUAUCAAAAAUGACGUUGAUAAAAUAUCCGUAUAAUAAUAAUAAUAGUAUUCAACCAAUAUGGAACUAUUGGCAAGCUGAAUCAACAUUAUCAGCAGAACUAAAUGCACAUGUUCCACAGUUAACAGAAGCUGAAAAUGAAUUUCGUUUAUUUGAAUCAAAAAUAAAAGAUCUUCAUUUAGAUGAAAAAGAAAUAUCUCUUCUUUUAUUAAUGAUUAUUACUCGAACAAAUUUAAAUGUAAUAAAUGAAGAAAAUAAUUCAUGGCCAAAAUGUCAAUAUGAAUGUGUUCAAGCAUUUUCUGAAUAUACACAAGCUCGUCGUUCAACUAUCAAUGAACAUCUUCCAAUAGAAUUUUAUGAUAUCAUAUUUUUAGUAUCUCAACUUCGAACAUUAAAUCGUCGUAUAAGUCAAUGUUUAAUGAAUCUUCCAUGGCCAUAUAUUCCAAAUUUACCUUCAUUUUUCUAUCCGAUUUAUUUACCACAUAUAACAAAUAUGUCAUCAAUAUUAAAUAGUAAUUAUGAUUUAGUGGCUUUAUCACCUGUUAAAUCAACAUUAAAUAGUAAUAAUCAUUAUGGCAAUGAAUUCUUUAGUGAUUCUUUAAAUAGUAAUUUAAUUGAUGUCAAUAUGCCAACGAAUAAUUUUGGAAUAACAAAAAAUAUAUAUUUACACAAUGAAAAAAAAUUUCGAACCAUGCCAAGAAUUGAGUCUCCUUCACAAACAUCAUGGCAUGUUUCUAAUAUGAUGACAAAUCAUCAUUCAUGUUCAUCUUCGUCUUCUUCAUCUCCAUCAAAUAUGGGACGAUUUGAUUCUCGAGUAAUAGGCAUUUCAUCAGAUGAUAUAACUGUUUCAAUUCGUUGGUAA